CGACAAUCAAGCUGCCUCCUGAUCUGACGCCCAAUACCACCAAGCGCUUCCGGUUCUAUCAUAGCCAACAGACGUCUCUUCUCCUCACACAGAUCCGUUGCUCUUGAGCUGUAUAUGCAACAUGUCUUCGCUCGUCCAGCGUUCAUACGACAUUCGCGGCCAUCAUCCAUGGUACCCUGAGGCCCGAAAGGCUAGGGUAGCCGUCGACUGGGCGAUUGGAGGUGCUUUGACGAUGGGCAGAGAGAAAGUUCCACAGGAAACGUACAAGGGCCAAGAUACAUCCUUCAUCUCGUGCAACGCACCCGCAGUCUAUCCGUCGACGGAAGGGGCGCUCGGGCUUGGGAUCCCGCUCACUGGAUGCCUCACGCCCGCGUCCAUGAGCCCUUGCGACAUGCAAGCCCAGGCGCUCCAAGACUUGCCCACGAAAACUACCAAGAUUUCGAUGUGCAUCAAUAUAUUAAGUGCAUACAAGGGGUACCAAACCGGACAAUACACCGUCAAGAACACCAAGGGUAUCAUCAGCAAAGCAAAGUUGGCCGAGAUUGUUGCUCUGGAAGUGCAGACGAUCAUCAGGGAUGGUGCCGUCGCCGACCCCCUAUGGAAACUUGGAGAUGAUGGUAUUCAAAUUGAGGACAUCUAUCUCACUGAGGUCAGGCACGUCUCGAAGGCGCGCCUGCAACCUCAUUUCGAGAUCGUCCGUCGCGCUUGAGGCACUGGACCGCCUCUUGUCCAUGUUAUUGGUGAAGCGUUAUGUGUGUUCGCAUCAACUAUGUUCAUGACCAUCCGCACUGUGAAAAAAU